AUGGCGGGCCGCUCGAGCGCGGACGAGCUGGAGCUGACGGGCGAGGAGGCGCGGCGCCUGGCCGAGGCCUUCCGCGACGAGCGCUUCCGCGCCCUCUUCGCCGAGUACGCGGCCGAGCUGGCCGACCCGCAGCAGAGGGCCGCCUACGAGGCCGAGGUGGCGGCCCUGGAGCGGCAGCGGGGCGUCGAGGCCCGCUUCCUGCACCCGGCGCCGGGCUGGGUGCUGCGCACGAGCCAGGGCGGCGCCCGCCGCUGCUACCUCAACGUCUGCAGCAACGCGCUGGUGGGCCGGCCCGAGGCCCGGCCGGAGCCCGGCGGCAGCUGCUGGUCGCUGCCGCACUGCCUGGCGCCCGGCCGCGAGGAGCUGAGCUGCCGGCGCCCGCGCGGGCCGCGCCGCCUGGUCUACGACGUGCUCUUCCACCCGGACACGCUCCGCCUGGCGGCCCGCUCGGCCCGCUUCCGCCGCCUGGUGGACGACACGGCGCUGGAGGCGGUGGAGCGGCACUUCUCUCCGGGCCUGGACCGCGCCAACGCCGCGCCGCUCCGCGGCACCAAGUACAAGGGCGUCCCGCAGGCCGCGCUGCUGCGGAGGCCGCUGCCCGGGGGCGCCCCGCCGGAGGGCGAGGGGGACUCCCCGCUGCCGCCCUUCCCCUCCCCGUACGCCUACCCGCCGCCCGCCCCGGAGCGCGCAGAGCCGCCCGCGCCGCCGCCGCCGCCCGCCGCCGCCACCCCGCGCUGCACCCUCCGGCACCGCUCCUACGUGGACCUGCAGGACUACCGCGACAGCCGCGACUCGGCGCCCAGCCCGGUGCCCCGCGAGCUGGUGGCGACCAUCGAGCUGCCCCUGCUCGGCUCCGCCGCGCAGGCCCAGCUGGAGAUCCGCGGGCGCGAGCUGCGGCUGGACUCGCCGCGCCCCGCCGCCUACCGCCUGCGCCUGCGCCUGCCCUACGCGGUGGACGACAUGGAGCUGCGCCACCAGUGCCCCGGAACCACCAGUGCCGUGUCCCCGGCCGGCCCCGGCGGGGACGGCGUGGACUCUCCUGUGGCAUCCCUGGCACGCCACGGCGGCCGCGAGGCAGGGCAGAGACCCGCGCUCCCGGCCGGCCCGGAUCUGCCUGUGCCCAACAGCCACGUGGAGCUUGGUGUGCCCGAGCUGGGGCUCAGAGACGGGACCUCUGCGCGGCCUCUGCCAUCCGCCGCAGGCCUCAGCCCGGAGGGAGAUGCUCCCGUGGACUCCACCGACCCUUCAGCGCUCCCUGCAAGCUCCCCUCCCUCCCUCUGUCCUCCUUUUCAUUGCACUCAGGAUGACCAGACCGUGACACUGCUCUUACAGGUGCCAGACAUUAUUUCCCAGAGCUUCCAGGGGGAGGUCGGGGCACAUCACUACAGGACUACUUUUUCCAGCAAAUCCUCCGGUGCCUACGAGUGCUGCUUUCAGUUUCUUCCCGAAAAUAAACUGAGCGCUCCCGAAAUUGGAGUUAAUGUGUCUCCCAGCAAUGCUGUCAUUACCCUGGCCAAGUUGCCCAAGUCCAGCGGACUUUGGACAAAGCUAUACUUUGGUCCAAAUGUCAAUGCCUUGCAGGAAAGGUGGUUUGUUACUGAAAACAAUGUGGAUGCGUUUCUUUUGAGAACGUCCUGCUCCAUCCAGCCUGAGAUGGAAUGCCAGCCAUUACUCGAAGUGUUGGACGUCUCGGAGGGCAAAAGCCAGAUCAGAUUAAAGCAGGCGCAGGAGCAGAAGAGCUGCGAGCCUGGCGAAACAGAAGGAAGAGUUAAUCUUAGGAGAGAGGAUGGUGGACAAGAACACGAGGAAGAGGCAGAAGAGGGCCCCAUAUGUGUGGAAGGCAUUUCAGGUUCUCUUGCAGCCUCGGAAACCACGGGGCACGCUGGCAGGGGAUCAGGGCAUUGUUCGGUGCUUGACCCUCCUGAUCCCAGCUUGGCAGCUCCAGAGAAAUCACCGAUAAGUGGGCUGCAUGCGUCACCACGGGGUUUCACAACGGGCAACGCGGCCACGUCUGCGCCUGGAGCUCCCCUUAAGCAGGGCAGGCCUGCCCAGACCGGGGAGAAAGCAGAUGCAGAUGCAGAGUUGGCACAUUCUGAGCAAGGACUGGAGCAAAAGCCAGCCCCGGUCACCACUCCCCCCGUGUUAAAGGAAACCAACAUGAAAGAUGGAAGUGUGCAGUACAUUACUCAACACUCAACUCGCUCUGCUGUCACGCUUCAGAAUGCUUUGUUGUACGAACUAGACUGAUUGGGCUGUGUUAAGCACCUACCUGGGCUCAGCAGCCACACCCACCUCAAGUUUGGAUCGCUUCCUCUGUAAAAAGUAAAGGAAUUGAAGACCUCUGCAGAAAUUCAACCAAAAGAAAAGGUUGAAUUUUCUUCUGGGGGAAAACCAAAGAAAAGGUUCCAUUGCAUCAAAAUAUUCACUACUGUUUUGGAGAUGUCAAACAUUUAGAGGUGCCUUUGUUGAGUUUGUUUUUAAAUAGGCAACUCAUUAAUGUGGAGCAGAUUUUUCACAGGUGCAAAAUACAAUUCAGCUGGGAAGCCAAGAGAACGAAAGGGCCACAUUUGGACGAUCCUACUUCAGCCUAUAAAGCCAACAGUUCGCCUGCACAUUUAGCUUGCUUGUGUGAACCGUGCUAAACCAGGGAAGACAGACCGUGCCCUUUCGAAGGCCAUGCCUACAUCUGCAAGGCUGAAGUGGCUGAUGUUUUGUUUCACCUUUAUUUCAGUUACCUUUCCCUCCCCUUUUUCUAGUUCUUCUCAGUUGAAAGGCAAACUGCAUCCCAUUAUAUUUAUUAAGCAUAUUUGAAAGUCACACCACGUUUCAUUGAGUGCUGCCCAAGCUUGUUUCAGGUGUGUUCGUAAGGCCUGGUCCUUUAGGAACCCAAUUCAUACUUCUGCGGUAUCACGCUCUUGAGCAAAAGAAAAAAUUUACCAACACCAACCUAUGUAAAACAGUUUAUGUACUUCCAUCCUGCAUGGUAAUUGAUUUGUGUGCUAUUAUUAUUAUUGAUUUGUGUACUAUUAUUAUUAUUGUCUUACAUCUUGCCUAUUCCCAGAGAUAAGGAUUGUGUUAACAGUCCUUAAUAAAAUUCCUGAACCCUUAUGCGAAACCCAUGCUUCGGGAUUCACCUUUGGAGUGUAAUCCCCUUGCCCAUUGUCCUAUUAAUUUUUUGAUGCUCAGAGUAACCAUACAUGCUGUGAGAUCACCCAGUGCAAGACACUGGGUAUAUAUUGGGCUCUCCAAGAAAGAUUACCGUCUGAACCCAGUUUGAAUCCCACCCCUGCAAAUUAUGGUAAUUAAUUUAAAAACAUUUGAUGCGACAGUGCAGCAUCAGAACUGGGCUACAGCCUUAAUGGAGAAACAUCUUUCUAGUCUCCAGUUUCUCUGGCUUGCUAAGUCAAGCAAGCCAAUUUUCACAUUUCAAAGCAACUUCUGCUUAAAUUGCUGAGUGGAGCUGGCUGUCCCGAGCGCUUUGGGAUUGCUUGCAGCCUGCAAGGAAACAUGGACGAUUCUUUCGCCUCAGCAGUGCCUAGAUGCGGCCUGAUUGUACCUGUUUCCUCAAAGCAGCCCCAGUGAGUUCUACAAAAUGGUCAAGAUUGCUUUAAAACACUAGACUCCACUUCUUGAUUUAUUAAAUUAAGAUGACAAAUCAACAUUGGUAUGUUCAAGGUUGCAACAGUGGAAAGAGCCGUAAGAAAAAAAAGCGUGUGAGCCAAAAGGCAAAAUCCCGAAAUGAGUUUUGCUGCUAGUUCUGCUUACCAGCUGGACUCAGCGUUGCUUGAAGCAGAAGUCAGCAAGUCUCACUAUCAGACAAUCCUGUCAAAUCUUGCAGAUUAUUUUUCUGAAAAGGCACCAAAAUGCACUAGCGGCAUUUUACUUCUUCCAGUCUUUUGUUCCUUUGCUGGAGGAUGGACUAGAUCUCAUUUCCAGGUUAUUUUCCAGUAGCAAUAAAGAGGCAUAAUUCACUGGGAAGUUCUUUUGCAUAACCAAUUUUCGCUUCAGCAAGGUCAUGCAGGAGAUCUUCUCGAACUGAGUAAACCAGUAAAUUGUUUCUGUACAAUCCUACCAGGCAGACUAUUUCAGGGAUACCGAGCCUCUAACGGGGAUGUAGAAUUGGCUUACAAUUAAAGUUUCUCAUCCCCAAAUAUUGCUGCUUUGCAAUGUUUUGGUUUUUUAGCAUUCCAGUUCUGUAGUUUCCUCAUACCGCCCUGUUCUCAAUUGUUCAUUAAACCGAGUUGUCAAUUCUGAAAGCUGGAUUAUUUCAGUCACAGGAGGUUAUAGCUGCAGUUGUUUUCAGUUCAGUUCUUGAAACACUUGGUCAUCUCUUAAUGAACCUUACUCUGUAUCGUUACCCUGUACUGUAAUUUCUAACCCUUUUCUAACUGUUAAAAAUCUAUACCAUUACAGUUCUAAUAAAACUUGAUUCUUCCAAA